AUGAGUGGGUCCUUUGCGCUGCGCAAGCUCCUCUUCGAUAUCGACGACCAGGAGGACGUCAACCGACGCGGGUACCACUACGCCGGUGCGUAUGCGCCGCUGCUUCACAGUGUCGCGGUGUUGCAGCCAGCUGCGGUGCUUCCAAAAAGCGGUCUGCCCUUCGCCUGUCUAUGUCUCUUCUCGUCUUUUGCGACGUGCCUCACCAUGAAGGUACGCAACAAAGAGAAGUGGUGGAUGGGCAUGUUUGCCAUCUGCGUUGUCUACUACAACAGCGUCAAGGCGCACAAAGUAAACAAUGGGCUUGUCGGUCAUCAAAGUGGUUUCUUUGCUGCUGGAAUGGGUGCCAUCGGGUGCCUCGCGCGGCUGAUGGCCAAAAGUGGCUCUGCUCGAAAGAACGUCGGCUAUCUCGGUCUCUUCACAGUACUGCUGUGGUACGAAAUCGGCCGCUAUCACCUGUGGACGGAGCAUGUGACAGAGUUCCGCCGCGAUGUUACGCCGGAGAGGUCAUACGACUUGCUAGGCGAUUAUGUUCCGCAGUCAUUGGAGGUUGAGUUUCUCCCGUACCGCACGAUUACGUAA